CCCGGGUGUCCCCUGACCGUGUCCCACAGGGAGCACAACACGUGGGAGCCCGAGAAGAACCUGGACUGUCCCGAGCUGAUCUCGCAGUUCCUGCGCAAGGACCGCAGGAUGAGGGACAUGAGGGACAUGAGGGACAGUGACGGGACACGGCCCCGGGAGCGCCCCGAGGGCGCCAAGCGCAAGGGACUGCCCGGGAGCGAGGACGGGCGCGCCAAGAAGAAGAGGGAGAGCAACGACAUCGCCCGCGGCUUCGAGCGGGGGCUGGAGCCCGAGAAGAUCAUCGGGGCCACCGACUCCUGCGGGGACCUCAUGUUCCUCAUGAAGUGGUGAGGCCACCAGCAGUGUCCCCUGUGUCCC